UUGCAUCUGCCUGUAGGCCCGUCGAAAUGGCAGCACCGAAAGUCGAACCAUGACAAUACACACUUCUUGCAUCGUGGAUCAGUACAACUUGGAAGGGUACACUUAUCAGGCUUAUGGAGUAACCUAUGGACUUUUGCUAAUUGGGCAUUUUUCUCUUGUUCCACAGCCACUUGGGUGGGAGGCGGCUACAUCAACGGGACUGCCGAAGUAGUCUUCAACCCAAACCAAGGUCUCAUUUGGGCUCAGGCGCCGAUCGGCUACGCCCUCAGUCUCGUGGUUGGUAAGUCCUCAUUUUCGUGUUUCCUUGAAGGAUUUUUGCAAAUAUUGUAUCACUUUUCUCUAAAACCUUCAUCCGACGUCUCGAUAAUGGCCUUCACCAACAACACGUUUGGCCAGAUCAGAAGUUUGGCGAGCGAAUGUGCGGGAUGCUUUUCCUUCCGGCCCUUCUGGGAGAGAUAUUUUGGUCCGCGGCCAUCCUCUCCGCCCUCGGUAAGCAUUGAUGCUUUCAAGCAGACAUUUCACUCCAUCAUUGUGUUGAGGCGACAUCCGUCACUCUCGAGAGCUGUCCGGCGUGUCUGUAUGUGGGAAGGACGCCAAACUCCUGAUCAGUACCAACUAAGUACCCUUUCUUGGCCAGCAAUUUGGCACUAUCUCUUCUGCCAUUCAGCCAGAUUUCCUCGGAAGUCUUCCGCCCAUUGGCUAAGAAUGCCGAUUAAAUGGGACAAAAUGAAUGGUGUCUUGAAACUCGGCUACGUGAACAACCCUCUGAAGGAGAGGACCACACUAGGGAUCAUGGUACCUAUCUGUCGGUUAGGGUUUCUCCUUGCAUGCAGUAAAGGUUGCGAUAUCUGCAACACAUCGGCUAUAGGCAAGUAUACAGAAAUGCAAGUGCAUCACUUAGAGGUUGUAUGA